GCAGGAGAAGGACCAGGACCAGGAGCAGGAGCAGGAGCAGGAGCAGGAGCAGGAGAAGAAGGACAGGGAUACAGAGAGGUUCCUUGGUUUGUGGUUGGCUGUGAAGAUGACGAGCAGGACAUGGGUCAAACGGAGUCAGGCAUGAAGAACGAGAUGUUUCGAGUAGAAAAAAUGGAGGAUGAUGAUGAUGAGUCGCCGUCAGAGCGACAGAUUGUGGUCGGCAUAUGUGCCAUGAUGAAGAAGUCCAAAUCCAAGCCCAUGACUCAGAUCCUGGAGCGCCUCUGUAAGUUUGACUAUAUCGACAUGGUUAUCUUUCCCGAGGAGGUGAUCCUGGAGGAACCUGUGGAGAAAUGGCCCCUCUGCGACUGCCUCAUCUCCUUCCACUCUAAAGGUUUUCCUCUAGACAAAGCUGUGGAGUAUGCCAAGCUUAGGAAUCCACUGCUCAUCAACGACCUCAACAUGCAGUAUUUCAUACAGGACAGGAGGGAAGUGUACCGGAUCCUACAAGAAGAGGGCAUUGAACUACCUCGUUAUGCUGUGUUAAACCGAGAUCCUGACAAUCCUGAAGAGUGUAACCUUGUGGAGGGGGAGGACCAUGUUGAGGUGAACGGGGAGGUGUUCCCUAAACCCUUCGUGGAGAAACCUGUGUGCGCUGAGGACCACAAUGUCUACAUCUAUUACCCAACAUCUGCUGGAGGCGGCAGCCAGAGACUUUUCAGAAAGAUAGGGAGUCGUAGCAGUGUAUACUCUCCAGAAAGCAGCGUACGAAAGACCGGAUCCUACAUCUAUGAGCAGUUCAUGCCCACAGAUGGUACUGAUGUGAAGGUAUACACUGUGGGUCCAGACUACGCCCACGCCGAGGCCCGGAAGUCUCCUGCUCUGGAUGGAAAGGUAGAGAGGGAUAGCGAGGGGAAGGAGAUCCGCUACCCCGUCAUGCUGACUGCCAUGGAGAAACUGGUGGCCCGCAAGGUCUGCCUGGCCUUCAAGCAAACGGUGUGUGGGUUUGAUCUGCUCAGAGCCAAUGGCCACUCCUUCGUCUGCGAUGUUAACGGGUUCAGCUUUGUCAAAAACUCCAUGAAGUACUACGAUGACUGUGCCAAAGUCCUGGGGAACAUGGUAAUGAGGGAAUUGGCCCCGCAGUUCCACAUCCCCUGGUCCAUCCCCAUGGAGGCCGAAGACAUCCCCAUCGUCCCAACAACCUCAGGAACCAUGAUGGAGCUGCGCUGUGUUAUUGCCAUCAUCCGCCAUGGUGAUCGCACACCAAAGCAAAAGAUGAAAAUGGAGGUCCGACAUCCUCUAUUCUUCGAGUUGUUUGAGAAGUAUGGAGGCUACAAGUCAGGAAAGCUAAAGCUAAAAAAGCCAAAACAGCUACAGGAAGUGCUGGAUAUCGCCCGCCUGCUGCUGGUUGAACUGGGCCAGCACAACGACUGUGAGAUUGAGGAGAAGAAAUCUAAACUGGAGCAACUCAAGACUGUCCUGGAGAUGGAAUCCAGCUUGAUUGACACUCAGUACGGUCAUUUCUCAGGUAUCAACAGGAAAGUCCAGCUGACCUACCUGCGUAACGGCCAACCUAAAGCCUCCAGCGAAGAAGAAGACUCUAAGAAGGACGGCCCUUCUCUGCUGCUGGUGUUGAAGUGGGGCGGGGAGCUGACGCCUGCGGGCCGGGUUCAGGCUGAGGAGCUGGGCAGGGCCUUUCGCUGCAUGUACCCUGGAGGUCAAGGUGACUAUGCUGGGUUUCCGGGCUGUGGCCUCCUGCGCCUGCAUAGCACUUACCGCCACGAUUUGAAGAUCUACGCCUCUGACGAAGGCAGAGUGCAGAUGACGGCUGCUGCUUUUGCCAAGGGUCUGCUGGCUCUAGAAGGAGAAUUGACACCGAUCCUGGUCCAGAUGGUGAAGAGUGCCAACAUGAACGGACUGCUGGACAGUGACAGCGACUCUCUGACCGACUGCCAACAGAAGGUGAAGGCCAGGCUACAUGAAAUCAUGCAGAAGGAUCAGGAGUUCACACUGGAGGACUACGAAAAGUUGGCCCCAACGGGUAGUCCAUCACUGGUGAACUCCAUGAAGGUCAUACAGAAUCCAGUCAAGACCUGUGACAAGGUGUACACCCUCAUCCAGAGUCUCACCUCACAGAUCCGAAAGAGACUGGAGGACCCCAAGUCUGCAGACCUGCAGCUUUACCACAGCGAGACGCUGGAGCUGAUGCUGCAGCGCUGGUCAAAACUAGAGCGAGAUUUCCGCACGAAGAACGGACGCUACGACAUCAGCAAGAUCCCGGACAUCUACGACUGUAUCAAAUAUGACUCGCAGCACAACGCCUCGGUUGGACUGGAGGACACACUGGAGCUGUUCAGACUUUCCCGCGCCCUGGCGGACAUAAUUAUACCACAGGAGUAUGGCAUCAGCAAAGCUGAGAAACUGGACAUUGCUCAGGCCUACUGUGUUCCUCUGAUGAAGAAAAUCCAGCUGGACAUGCAGAGGACCCAUGAGGACGAGUCGGUUAACAAGCUGCACCCGCUGUAUUCUCGGGGUGUGAUGUCUCCUGGCCGUCACGUCCGCACGCGUCUCUACUUCACCAGCGAGAGCCACGUUCACUCCCUGCUCAGCAUCUUCCGCUACGGUGGACUGCUGGAUGAGGAGAAGGACCAGCAGUGGAAGCAGGCGAUGGACUACCUGAGCGCUGUGACUGAACUCAACUACAUGACACAGAUAGUCAUCAUGCUGUAUGAAGACAACAAUAAGGACCCAUCCUCUGAGGAGCGUUUCCAUGUUGAGCUUCACUUCAGUCCGGGAGUGAAAGGAUGUGAGGAUGAGGAGAACGUACCUCUCGGCUUCGGCUUCCGCCCAGCCUCCUCUGAGAAUCAAGACAAAAAGCCAAAUCAGGGCAGCCUGGAGGACCUCUCCCAGGACCAACCAGACCAGGCACUUCCCACCUCUGAGCCGAUCAACAUCCAGCGAAGGUCUCCCAUGAUCCGAAACCGCAAGACAGGCUCCAUGGAGGUCCUCUCUGAGACCUCACCCACCCAGUCCUCCAAAGGCUGCACGUCUCACCGACUCUUCCCCUCGUGUUCGCGCCAGUCUCCUGAGAUCAAACCAGCCAUUGGCCUAGGCUCGCUCUGCUCUGGCCUCUUCAGUGCGUCUGCCCUCGGGGUGUCCUGUAGCGCCCCCAACCUGCGGGACUACGUUCGCACGCACCACCACCACCACCGAAAACCACCGCUGUCCCCCGGCAGUCUGCCAUGCCAGAUUGGGAUGUUGGAGCUGUUCUCUAUGCCGGCAGUAAAGAGAUUUUCUGUGUCGUUUGCCAGGCAUCCGACUAAUGGUUUUGAAGGCUGCUCCAUGGUGCCUUCUAUCUACCCACUGGAGACGCUGCACAACUCGCUCUCGCUGAAGCAGGUGGACGAGUUUCUCAACACGGUGUGUGAGAGCAGCAGCGAGGCCCACGCCAAAACCAUGAAAGCGCUCUCCAGCCUGUUUGACUCUCAGAGCCAGACGUCUCUCUACAGCCCGCAGCAGCCUCUGUCGUCCUCUGGAUCUGAGACGUCUCUCCGGCCGCCAAGUCAGCCACUAUGGCAUGGCAGCAUCCCCUCCAGUGCUGUGUCCAGUGCGGGCCCCUCCUCCCCGAUCACCGAGAGCUCUGGCCUGAACUUCAGCUUCAGUGAGUAGACCCGUCUGUCUGAAAAACACAAGGACUUCUGGGUAUCUGAAGGCACGAUCUGAAGACCUCAGGUUGUCAGUCUCUCCAUGCUUUUCCUCAUCUUUUCCUUCUGCUCACAUUCACCCAAAAAAAAAAAAAAACAACACUGGAGGGAGAUGCCGAUUCUGGAGGUAUUACAACCACUCAGACUGUAAAUAUAACCACUCAAACUGUAUGCGGACUCUUCUGGUUCACCCCGACUACAGCUCCACACAGCCACACCUUCCCUGCUCCGUACAGUGGGAAAACACUGGACUCACAUCACCUCGAUCUUCGUCUUCAUUGUCUCUCUACACGUUCAUAAACCAGCUCCGACUGAGUUAACAGUGCAUCGAGCCAACAUUCAGACCAGUAGUGCCUUAAGUUUAAUUUGGAUGCUGCCCACGAUAAAACCCAAAUACUGUUUUACAGAAUCCUUCAAACAGCAGCUGCCUUAUUUCUGACCUUAUCUGCUGAAAUGCAUAAUAGACUCUGAGUCAACAGCCAACCGCUAUUGAUUCACAUUUGCAAUUCCUAAAAAAUAACCAUGUCCAUGACAAUUGACUUCUUUGACUUACAGUUUUUUCGCAGUGAAUUUCAGCCCCGAACGUAAGCGCCUAGGGUGAAAAUCAAAGCUUCAAGAAAUACUUUGGGCUUGGGGAAGUACGUUUAUGCACUUUGUUGCAGAGAGUUAGAUGAGUAGAUUGAUACCACGCUCAUAACUGUGCACUAAAUAUGGUGCUACAGCCAGCAACCAAUUAGCCUCGUUUAGCAAACGGGGAAACUGUUAGUCUUGCUCAGUCGAAACAUACCAAAACAGCACUUCUAAAUAUUAUA